AUGUUUCGCUUCCACAAGACACUCGAUAUCGUGACAGUCUUUCACAAGGCUAGCUCUCCAGCAUCCGUGAGAGUUGCAAACCUCCUCAAGCAGGUCUCUGCCAAUGCAUCUUCUGGCGCCACUCUUGACCAGGCGAGCGAUCACUCUGCUCAGACCUCUCCUAUUCGAGAAGAGUUUGAGCUCAACAUUACCGAAGACCCCCCUACAGACGACCAAGUCCAGACGAUCCUGGGGUAUGUCGGCGCCAGUGGUAUUCCCAAGAUCAUCAACGGUGCAAACACCGAGAAGGAUGCUCUUAGAAAGUUUAAGGAAAGUAAAGAGAACUUCAUUCGGCCAGUGGUUGUAGACUGGAACAACGGCAAAGCCAUUGCCGGUGAUAAUGAGUCGGAGAUUCUUAAGCUUCUCAAGCAACAGAAGUGA